AUGGCAGAGCGCAAGGUGUACUACCAGUGUCCGGAUGGUCGAGUGGAUUAUGUCCGCAUUGACGCGAACGAAGACAUCAUUGCGCUCAAAAGCAAGAUCAAGGACAGGAAUAAUGAUCUGCCUGCGCCGCGGCACAUCGACAUAUACCAGUCCAAACGGCAUUUCGACGCCAAGGAGCAGGUGCUCGCAAUCGAUGCGACGAUUGAGAGCGUCAUGGAGAAGGGUAAUGGUACCAACGCAGCCAGUGCCUUGCGCGUGCACUACGAGGCACCAACAGCACCAACAGCAUCAGCAGCAUCCACCGACCAGCUGCAGGAUAUCAGGCGGCAACUGGACCAGCAAAGCCAGCAAAACAAGAAAAUGAUGGACCGGGUGGAGCAGCAAAGCCAGCAAAUGAUGGACCGGGUGGAGCAGAAGAUGGACCAGAUGGAGCAGAGGAUGGACCAGAAGAUGGACCAGCAAAGCCACGAGGUGAAGCGUUUCCUGCAACCACCCCCACUUUCACAGACACCACACACGUGUGCAGCUGAGCGGCGCAAGUGGGCAAAAGUGCAGAAAUUUGAGGGCUACGAAGGUGAGGAAACGCUGGAUUCUGGCAUGCAGAAGGAGCUGAAGCAGCACAGAAAAGAUUCCCACAAGUUGAACCUGGUUAUUGAAAAGGUGCUGAAACUGAUCUUGCCCAGGCAUGUUGUCUUGGUGAAUUGCGAGAAGUUUGUCUGGCAAGAGGGCAUCGGUUCACCCGAUUUUUUUGCUGCAUGCUGCUUCAUUCCCAAAGAUGUAUGCAAUCCUGAAUCGGAGAACUAUGGGAUCCCCGCACUGCUGGACUCGGUGACUGCCCUCUUCGAUGGCAAGAGUGCUGGCCACGCUGCGGAAGACCAAAUGUACAGGCAUCUCUGCCGAACUGUAGCGAGCUACGGGCUCUUGUAUGAUGCAGAGAAAUUCCAAUUGAUGAUAGUCCAGGGGGCCAAGGACACGGCAAAAAGGCUGGAUGAGAUUUGGACGGGCAGUUGGAACCAACCGGGUGUUGUCAAGUUCCUCUCUGAGCAGUGCGAAAGGUAUCAACCAGCAGAGGAGCUUCUCUUGAGGCUAUGCUUGGCCAAAUGCGAGGCAAUCGUGCUGGGAUACCUUGGAAAAGGGAGGUUCGGCAGGGUGCUCAAAGUACGAUGCGGCAGCAAACACUUCGCCAUGAAGGUGGUCGUCGAUGGUGACACACUUGAGAAGGAAGUGGAGAGACUGAAGAAUGCAACAACAACCAAAAAAAACCUGCCAGUGGUUGUUCCGGCAGGUGCAGUCCAUCGUAUUGAAGGAGAAGUGGUCAGGGGAGCUUACUUCCUGAUGACACAAGUUGGAGAGCCAAUGACGCUUGAGCACUGCCGCAAGCACAAGCAGGCUAUUCCGAAGAUAUGCGAGGCUUUGCAUGCCUGCCAUAAUGCAGGCCUUGUCCAUGGAGACGCACGGAUUCAGAAUGUCAUCAAGGUGAAGAGCAGGUACUUAUGGGUGGACUUUGCCAGCACACCGGAUGCAACCAAGGCUGGAAUGAAGGAAGAUAUUCUCACAUUGUGUUCGUCUCUUGGAGUGGCAGAUGACCCGAGGGCGAAUGCACCGUCCACUUCAUUGACCGACCCGAACUUUCACACAUGGGUGUUUCAGCACAUCUGGGAACCAGCCGCCAGCGCCAAGCCCUCCAAGCGUGCGCGACGCUUGUAA